CUGCGAUCCAGAAAGAGAGAGAGAGGAAGYUGCUAUCCAUAAUCAACACGAGUAAAAGCACACAACAACACAGAACGAGAACGGGAGAGGAUCGGAUUGUAUCGGAUCCAGAGGCACGGCACCGGCAAAAUGUCUUCGGAAACGAAAAGAAUGCGGAGCAGCGAUCGCAGCAACCCCAACAGGUCCAGAUUCCAGGCCGCCGCCGGUACCGUAGRUGCCGCUGCGGUUCGCGAGAAUCGCGAUCGCGUCGCAGGCCAGGCCCUCUCUCGGUGGAAGGGAGAGGAGAAAAAGGAGGAUCCCGACACCUUCGACAAAGAAAAGAUGAACCCGGACGACGAAUGGUCGAAGCUCGCCUACRCGUCCAGGAUGGCCGCGAUGGCCGCCAAGAACCAGAGGGCGACCGCCAACCAGAAACUCUUCUCGCGAGUCGUGGACACCGCCCAUACCUGGGACGUCUGGACCCCGCCGCCCUCGAACUCGGUCAGCGGCAAGGUGGUGCCCCACUUCGUGAACCGGCACAAGCACCGGCGGAGGUGCAGCAUCGAAAUCCACAGGGUGACACCGGUGGGGUUGGAGGAAGAGAAGAACGGGAACGAGAACGGGAACGACAACGACAACGGGAACGAGAACGACGAUGCGCAAGAGCCCGAUUCCUACGAAGAGUGCGUGGUUCGAUUGCUCGUACCGGCUACGAGGGAACUCAACCGAAAGGUCCGCAACGAAGCCCUUCGGCACYUGAUGCACAAGGGCCCCGCCCCCAGCAGCGCCGACACCCAUGUCGGAAGCCGCCGGGACCUCCACGCUUCGAGUGUUGCCAGAGGCGACGGCGACGUGGUAGACAAUUACACRAACGACGACGACGACGAYGACGACAGCACGGUCAACUCCUACUCCCGCUUCUACCAGCUCGCGGACCACGGAGGAAAGCACUACGACGAAUGGGCUCCCAAGUACUCGAUACCGAUGCACGGGCUCUACGUCCGGUCCACCAACAAGAAAGCCGUGAGCAUACUCGUUUCCUUUGACGACUUCAAGCAGGAACGGGAACUCAUUUUCGACACGACCGGGGACGCAAAGUCCUUUUGCAAGCUGGUGGAGAAACAAAAACGGCUCGAGGCCCAGAGACAGGACCGCCGGCUGAAGGUGGCCCUGGGUGGGGAGAUGGUUCUCCCCCAGUACGAGACGAUCACCCUUCUGGUAGAGAUUGUUGCCGGAUACGACCUGCCGGUGGGGGAYUACACGUCGUCCGAUCCGUACGUCGUGGCCAUGCUGGGCCACCAGGAGGUCCACCGGACCGAGGUUCGCUUUCGCACUCUCAAUCCCAUCUGGACGCUGAAAACCGGCUCGCUCUUCCUGCUGCACAUCGAAUCGAAGCGCCUUUUCAUCGAGGAAGGGAUGAACUUUGUCGUCAAGGACUACGACAACCUGGGCAAGCACGACGUCCUGGGCGUCUGCCAGGUCGAUCCGAAGGUCCUGUACAAGGCCAACGGCGAGCGGAUGGAAUUCGGGCUGGGCCUCCCGCCCCACAAGCAACAGCUGGCUUCGGUCGGGUCCGAACCCGAGAAACGUGGCAUUCUGGUGAUUCGCUGCCGGAGGGCGACCGAGUACGACCAGAGCUUCAUGGCGGAAUAUCGCAGGAACGAAGAAAAGAAAAUGGACAGUGGCGUAGCCGCCGAACACAAUGCCCCCGACGCCACCACGAACGUUUUCAAGACGAUCACCACGAAGGUCAAGAAGAGGGACAGGGAGGACGGAAUCAUCAAGGUGGGUAGUGGCAUGGAAGACGGUGUAUGGUACACGAUGUAUUCGGAGUGCAAAAUYUUCUGGAUUGCCUGUUUGGAAGGUGGUUUUUGUUUUGUCUGCAAGUGUUGGAUAUUCGUUUGGUUUUAUCGGAUUGAAUGCAGUGCGGUGCGGUGCGGUGCAUGCCACAGGAACCCCUUAAACUUUCGCAUGGGAGAUGCUCUCAUGCUUCGCCGUUGACUUGCUUCUUUAUGAUUUUUUGGUUUGUUUGCCGAACCAUUGCAGUACAAAAUUCGCCCCGGUUCCGAUCCGUCGCGCCCUCCUAGCGAUACGGAAUGGAUGUCGGAUGCAGAUCUGCAAAAAGAAGUCCUGAAGACUUCCCGUCAGUGGGUUGACAUGGGGGAGGGGACUCUGGGGCAGGUCUUUGUGGAGAUUUUGGGGUGCGACGAUCUACCCAACAUGGAUACCGGUGGCUUUUAUGGAAACAAAACCGAUGCCUUUGUGUCCUGCGUCUACGAAGAUGUGCAMGGAAGAACCGAUGUCGUCGACGAUUGCCUCUCUCCCCGGUGGCUACCCUGGUCCAACCGUGCCUUUAUUUUCAACAUGUCCCAUCCCAGCAGCAACAUCAACAUUGGUGUCUUUGAUUACGAUUCUGGCCCCCUCGCCGAUCACGACUUGAUCGGGAGGGUCUCGGUGGACCUCACCAACUUUCGUUCCUCUACGGAAUACGUUCUGAGCUACAACAUCUGCCAAUCCGCGCGGCUGGCCAARCGCAAGAGCAAGGGAAAAGUCAUGAUUCGAUUGCGUAUGGAAAUCAACGACGAGCGGGAGCUGGCAAUGGCCACCCUCCGACCUCCCGUGCCCACCUACGUGAACACYAAGAAAGCAAUAGACUUUCAAGUCAUCCGUCAAACGUGCUUCGGAUCAAUUGAUGAAAACAAGUACAGUGUUACCACGCUAAAAUCUCACAUCGAUGAGCUUUUCGAGCUCCAGCACGUGGCGUUCUACAUCGAGGAUGCCCUCAUGACCGUCCUGUUGUGGCGAGGCCAUUUCGAAUUG